UUCAACGCAUGGAAGCCAUUAUCAACAGAAUGGUYGAAGAAUUCACUCGAUUGUAAAGCAGUUUUAGGGAUUUUAAAAUUCUUUUAUAAACGGAAUGAGCUUUAAGCUCUCAAAGAGCACAUACACGAGAACAACUGAGAUCAAAGCACCAUGCCCACUGCAGGUGAAGCAAGAUUGGCCAAGAAAAACAUCAACGAACGAAGCACGAGAAAGCCCAUCAAGAAAGCUGGGGCUGGUUUGUCUACUGCAUCUACAGUUAAUAAAAGUGCUCAAGGCAAAACACAAAAUACUAGGAUUCUAAUAAAGAAGCAUGGAAAAGAAAAUAUUGAACCAAAAAAGCGGGCUACAAAAGCCAAACCUGCUCCUGACUUUUCCAAACUUCAUAAUAACUGGAACAGUAAAUUUCRAAAGGGAAAAGCUGUUGCUAAAAAAUCCAAUACUAAGGUCAGCCCUUUUGUCUUGACUGAAGUACAAACCCAGAACGCUCUAUCCAGUAAAAACAAUGAUUCAUCAGACAAGGAAAAUAUUGAAGAAGAACAAGAGGAAGAUGACUUUGGUUUUGAGAUUGAUAACAACGCUUUGCAGGGAAUUCUAAACAAUACAGGAAUACAGGUGCAAGAGGAAGUUCAUCCUCUGACACGGAACACCUAUGCUGGACCUGCACAGAAAGGUAUUAGUGCACCAAACACUAUUAGUGGUGUUUCUUCCAAGAGGACAUCCAUCUACUACACAGGAUCAAAGAAAACACCUACACCUCAACACCAACCCCUACAGACCAAAGGUCUGACCAGCAAUAGACCUGUGUUUGGUUUUCAAGCUAAACUAGGGAAAAAACAAGUUGCAUGGGCUAACCAAGGUACUAGUCCAAAAAUACAGCUGCAAUAAGAAACAAUUUGAUGUGAAAAUUGUCAUUCCCAUUCGGUUCUCAACAGCCACUUUUAAAAGGUUUAUGUGGAGAUAAA